ACAGAAUCGAGUUACAAUCGGACUCUCUUCCGCUCUAACAAACUCUGUUACACCUGUACACACCGAUCUCUUUCUAUAAAUAUCCAGAGAGAGAGAGAGAGAGAGAGAUUGAGAGAGAGAGAGGGAUAAAACCCUAGCCUACUAGUAGUGUGAUCUGUUUAAUAAUGGCGAACGGGAGAGAGGUGUAUGAUUUGGAAGCGGAGGCGUUUAUAAGGCCGUCGAACGCUGACGAUGUUGAGAGAGACGAGGAGGAGUUGGUUUGGGCGGCGCUGGAGAGAUUGCCGUCACGAAAACGGACUAAUUACGCGGUGCUGACACGAGAUGAGGAGACGGAGACUGUGGAUGUUAGGAAGCUGAAUCGAUCGAAACGAGAGCUCGUUGUUAGGAAUGCGUUGGAUACGUCGGAGCAGGAUAAUUUUAAGCUCCUCUCCGCUAUUAAAGAGCGAUUGGAUCGAGUUGGAAUAGAGGUUCCAAAAGUAGAUAUAUGCUUUCAGGACUUGACAAUCUCAGCAAAAGUACAAGUUGGCAGCAGAGCUUUACCUACAUUAAUAAAUUAUACUCGUGAUUUAGUAGAGAGACUCUUAACUGCGUUGAGAAUCUAUAAGCCCCAAAGACAUAAGCUGACGAUCCUCAAUGACAUUAGUGGUGAAGUGAAGCCAGGGAGGAUGACUUUGCUUCUGGGGCCUCCAGGCUCUGGUAAAUCCACUUUGCUUCUAGCUCUAGCUGGGAAACUCGACAGUGGCUUAAAGAAAAUUGGAAAUAUUACAUACAAUGGUCAUAUGCUUGAUGAUUUUUGCAUUCAAAGGACUUCAGCUUAUAUAAGUCAAACAGAUAAUCACAUCGCAGAGCUGACUGUGCGAGAAACAUUAGAUUUUGCUGCAAGAUGUGAGGGUGCAAGUGAGGGUUUUGCAGGAUUUAUGAAAGAUCUUACUCGAUUAGAAAAAGAAAGGAAUAUUCGGCCCAGUCCUGAGAUUGAUGCUUUUAUGAAGGCAUCAUCUGUUGGUGGCAGAAAGCACAGUAUCUCUACGGAUUACAUUUUGAAAGUUCUUGGUCUUGAUAUAUGUGCUGACACAGUUGUUGGCAGUGAUAUGAACAGGGGUGUCUCAGGUGGACAGAGAAAGAGAGUAACUACAGGAGAAAUGAUUGUUGGGCCCAGAAAAACCCUUUUUAUGGAUGAAAUUUCAACGGGACUUGAUAGCUCAACAACAUAUCAAAUUGUAAAAUGCGUACGAAACUUUGUACAUCUAAUGGAAGGCACAGUUUUGAUGGCUUUACUCCAGCCCGCGCCUGAAACAUUUGAGUUGUUUGAUGACCUGAUCUUAUUAUCAGAAGGGUACAUGGUGUAUCAAGGCCCUCGAGCAGAUGUAGUAAAUUUUUUUGAGUCAAUAGGUUUUCGGUUGCCCCCUCGGAAGGGAGUUGCAGAUUUCCUACAGGAGGUUACCUCAAGAAAGGAUCAAGCACAGUACUGGGCAGAUUCUUCAAGACCUUAUGUCUACCUGCCUGUUUCGAAAAUUGCUGAAGAGUUUUUAAAUUCCAGAUAUGGAAGUUCUCUAAAGUCCUCUCUAUCUGUUCCCUAUGACAAAUCCAAGGGCCAUCCUUCUGCUCUGGCUAAAACAAGGUUCGCUGCAUCAAAAAUCGAGCUCUUUAAGACAUGCUUUGUGAGAGAAUGCCUCCUCAUCAAAAGACAUAGUUUUCUUUAUAUAUUUAGAACAUGUCAGGUCGCGUUUGUUGGAUUUGUCACAUGCACAAUGUUUUUACGAACAAGAAUACAUCCCACAGAUGUGAUUAAUGGAGAAUUAUAUCUUUCUUGUUUAUUUUUUGGGCUGAUUCACUUAAUGUUCAAUGGAUUUACGGAGCUACCACUAAUGAUUUUUAGACUCCCAGUAUUUUACAAGCAAAGAGAUAAUUGCUUUUAUCCUGCAUGGGCAUGGUCCCUCUCGAGUUGGAUUUUACGUGUACCUUACUCUGUAGUUGAAGCUCUUGUCUGGUCUUGCAUUGUAUACUACAGUGUGGGAUUUGCUCCCGGAGCUGGGAGGUUUUUCCGGUACAUGUUUUUACUGUUCACAGUUCACCAGAUGGCGCUAGGUCUCUUCAGAUCAGUUGCUUCUAUUGCUCGAGACAUGAUCAUUGCAAAUACAUUUGCCUCAGCUGGACUGCUAGUAAUUUUCUUGCUGGGUGGAUUUAUCAUUCCUAAAGAUAUUAUUAAGCCAUGGUGGAUCUGGGCAUUUUGGAUAUCCCCUUUAUCCUACGGGCAACGUGCUAUAUCUGUUAAUGAGUUUACUGCCAUGAGAUGGAUGGAGAAACCUGUAGCAGGAAACACGACAACUGGAUUGAGUGUUCUUCAUUUACACAGUUUACCUGCUGAUGACAAUUGGUAUUGGCUUGGAGUUGGCGUUUUGCUACUUUACACAAUUUUUUUCAAUCUCAUAGUAACUUUGGCUUUGAGCUACCUUCAUCCUAUCAAGAAAUCGCAGACAAUAAUUCAUGUCGAUGUUGAAGAUAAUAAUUCAACUAAUGGAAAUAGAACAGAAUAUGCAAUGGAUCCAGUCUUUAUUGAGUCUGGACCUAAAAGGAAAGGGAUGAUCCUCCCAUUUCAACCUUUGACAAUGACUUUCCAUAAUGUUGAUUACUUUGUUGAUAUGCCCAAGGAAAUGAGGACGCAAGGUAUAAAAGAGACGAAGCUGCAACUCUUGUCAAAAGUCAGUGGAGUAUUUUCACCCGGUGUUCUUACUGCAUUAGUUGGGGCAAGCGGAGCAGGGAAGACUACUUUGAUGGACGUUCUUGCUGGUAGGAAGACUGGAGGAUAUAUAGAAGGAGAUAUACGGAUAUCAGGUCACCCUAAAGACCAACAGACAUUUGCUAGAGUUUCAGGAUAUGUUGAGCAAAGUGAUAUACAUUCUCCUCAAGUCACAGUAUACGAGUCAAUUUUGUUCUCUUCUGGCCUACGCCUUCCAACAGAAGUGAACAAAGAGCAGCAACAUGAGUUUGUUGAACAAGUCAUGCAAUUAGUUGAACUUGAUUCACUAAGGAAUGCUUUGGUCGGACUACCAGGAAGUACUGGUUUGUCUACCGAGCAGAGAAAACGUUUAACAAUCGCAGUGGAGCUUGUUGCAAAUCCUUCCAUAAUUUUUAUGGAUGAACCUACAUCUGGACUUGAUGCACGAGCUGCAGCCAUUGUGAUGCGCACUGUGCGCAAUACUGUUGACACACAAAGAACGGUGGUGUGCACCAUACAUCAACCUAGUAUCGAAAUAUUUGAAGCAUUUGAUGAGUUACUUCUUAUGAAACGAGGAGGACAAGUAAUCUAUGGAGGCAAGCUGGGCGAGAAAUCGCAGACGAUGAUCAACUAUUUUCAGGGAAUUCCUGGGAUCUCUCCAUUCCCUAAUGAAUAUAAUCCAGCCACUUGGAUGCUUGAAAUUAGUACACCUGCCUCAGAAGAAAGAAUCGGUAGAGACUUUGCAGACAUCUACAGAGACAGUGAUCAGUUCAGAGAGGUUGAGGCAUCCAUUCAGCAGCACAGUGUUCCACCAGAAGGCUCUAAGCCAUUGAGAUUCCCUUCCACUUAUUCUAGAAAUUCGAUAUCACAAUUCAAAAUUUGCCUGUGGAAGCAAAAUCUUGUAUAUUUCAGGAGUCCAGCCUACAAUUCUGUCAGACUAUUCUUUACUACAGUGAGCGCAUUUGUACUUGGAACCAUAUUUUGGGACUUAGGUGCAAAAAGGGGAAAUACUCAAGAUAUACAAGUUGUUAUGGGUGCUCUAUUCAGUGCUGUUAUGUUUCUUGGAGUGAACAAUGCUGCUUCAGUGCAACCAGUAGUUUCAAUUGAGCGAACAGUUUUCUACAGAGAGAAGGCAGCUGGAAUGUACUCUCCAUUCCCAUAUGCAGCAGCUCAGGGCCUGGUUGAGAUCCCAUACAUUGUUAUGCAGACAUUGAUUUAUGGAGUGAUCACUUAUUUUAUGAUUAACUUUGAGCGAACGGCAGUGAAAUUUUUUCUAUACCUCGUAUUCAUGUUUCUCACGUUCACCUACUUCACAUUCUAUGGGAUGAUGGCAAUUGGUCUUACCCCGACUCAACAUUUGGCAGCUGUUAUAUCUUCUGCAUUUUACUCACUGUGGAACCUCAUGUCUGGUUUUCUUGUUCCUAAACCAAAAAUUCCUGGGUGGUGGAUAUGGUUCUACUACAUAUGUCCAAUUUCAUGGACACUGCAGGGUAUCAUUACCUCUCAACUGGGAGACGUUGAAACAGUGAUUGACGGACCUGGCUUUCAUGGAACUGUGAAAAAAUACUUGGAAGUCAGCCUUGGCUUUAAGCCAGGGAUGGUUGGUGCAUCAGCUGCAAUACUUGUAGCAUUCUGCCUAUUUUUCUUCGCGGUUUUUGCCAGCUCUGUCAAAGUCCUUAACUUCCAGAGAAGAUGAAAUGACGUUUAUCUGAGAUAUCCAAACAUGGCAUUUCUCAACAUUGCAUCAACUGGACAAUAUCAUUUUUCAUAUCAUGGAAUGAUCAAUCUCUGUUGGGCAUCACAAUUUUGUAGGUACAAUUUGAAAUAUUAUUGUAGAGUAGGAGUCUUGUAUAGUUGGUGUACAUUUCACGGAAAAACUUUACACAUAUUCAAGUUUUUUGAUGAUUAACAAUUUAACAUCCAUGUACUCGAUGGAUGUAGAACUCUGAACGAAGGUAUUCCUAAUUCAUACCAUGAUAUUAAUGCUAUGAAC